GAGAAGCUUACCGUUAUCUAGUCGACCGAACAUUCGCUCUACCUGGGUCGAACCCUUCGAGAGGGUGGAACAAAGCACAAGACCUUGGCCAGGCUCGCGGCAAUCCAGCUCCAAGCUUCAAGCUCUAAGCUUCCAGCGCUAAGAGGACUCAAAAAAGGAUGUCUGCCGCCGCCAUCGUUGGCGCCAGUAGCGGCAGUAGCAGUAGUAGUACCGCGACGGCUGUACGGAGGACAGUAGGGAGCAGAAUUGUUGCUACGGGAUGCACGGGUGGAAUUGGUCUUCACUUCAUCCGUCAACUACUCCUCUCCCCUCCCAACCCUCACUUACCCCCACCGUACCAUAUCCUCCUCCUAGCUCGAAAGCCAAAUGCUCCACAUAUCGUCAGAGCGAGACAGGAAUUAGAGGCGAUGAGUGCCUCGUCUGGUGACGGAGGGAAAGGAGGGACGGGGGAGACGUUUGUUGAAGUGAGGGAGAUGGACUUGGCUUUGUUGCGGAGUGUACGGAGGGGGGCCAAGAGCCUACUGAGCGACCUAUCGCACAGGAAGGCUGACCUCAGCUCUAGCUCUAGCUCUGGCUCUGGCUCUGGCUCUGGCUCUUCAACUUCGACGACUGCUAGCGCGAGUGCGGGUGCGGGUGCGAGUGCAAGAGCUUUCGAGCGGAUCGCUCCAGGGAGAAUCGAUGUCCUGCUGCUCAACGCGGCCGUCGCAAAGGCCAAGAGGGAAUUCGUAGUUGAUGAGGAUGCUAUAACCGCUACUGCUGGGGAACGGCAGAAGGGGGACAAAUUGAGCGAUGCAGAGGGAAGGUACGAGGAGAGUGCUUGUGUGAAUCACGUCUCCCAGCAGCUUCUCGUAGCUCUACUCGCACCUGCUCUGCUAGGGUCACGUAGCAGCAGUGCAGAUGCACAGCAGACGCAAGGUGAAUCCGUUUCCCCCGUCCCACGCAUCGUCUUUACCUCCUCGGCACUGCACCGACAGAUCAAGGACGUCAAGCAUCUAGACGCAUUCUUCAAUCCUGGCCCUACCACUGCCUCUUCCUCGGACCCUUCCUCAGACUCAAGCGCACCUCCACCUGCAUGGUCCCUCAUGGGCUCGUAUGGCGCCUCGAAAUUCCUACAGAUGCUAGGUGUACAGCGCCUCCUCAAAGAGCUCCAAUCCCUUCCUCUUCCCCGCGGAUUUACCUCCGCUCAAAUCGACUCCUCCAGCUCCAGCUCGAGCUCUAGCCCACGCAUCGAAGUCAUCGCCGUCCAACCAGGUUUCAUCCCCUCCACUGGGCUCAGUCGAGAAACCUCCCCUCUCGCCCGCAUCGCAACACUCUGGAUUCUCCCCUUCCUCGCGCCCCUUGUGAGCUUUAUCGCCACGCCUGAAGAAGGAGGGGAGAUGUUGCUCCGAGCUUGUACGCGGCCGGUGGAUGAGAUUAGUGCAGGAGUGAGGAAGACGUUGUUGGUGAGGGGUAGAGCGAGAGAGGGUGGACAGAGGGCGGAGAGACAGAGGCCGGAUGUGAGGAGUGAAGAUGAGGGGUUGAUGGAGGAGUGGUGGCCUGAUGUUGUUAGGAGAGAGUGGGAGAGACAGGUGACGAUGAUGAAGGGGCAAGGUGAGGAGUAACGUCUGCCUUUGAGAAGCUGUGAAUUAGUGUUCAAUCUGUUUUGUAUCCUAUUUACUUG